CAUACCUAUAUUUUCUAGGUAAGUUGGUUAAAGAAAGAUUCAAGCUUAUAACUCCCACCCCAACCCGGUGGGAAUCAGAAUAGGUGCCCACCCUAGGCUCAAUAGAUUAAAUAAAAGUAUGCGAAAUGCAGGCAAGGUUCUUAGGGUGGGUGGGAACCUCUUCUUAUUCCCACCUAAAAUGAUCAAAUCAUAGCGUGGGAAUGGAUUGAGAAGAUGGAUAUAGCUCACUACCCAGCUCAAGAUGAAGUGGUUUGGACUGCAACGGCUAAUGGCAAAUUCACAUUGGCUUCAGCAUGGAAUGAAAUCCGUAGGCGCAGCUCCAAGGUCAGUUGGUCGAAAUUUCUCUGGUAGAAUUCCGAAAUUUGCAUUUUCUGCUUGGUUGGCUUUACAUGGACGGUUUUUAACCAUCGACCAAUUACAAAGAAGAGGCUUGCAAUUGGUGAACCAGUGUGUCUUGUGUUGGUCUGCCAUGGAAUCAAUAGACCACUUGUUUUUCAAUUGUGCUUAUACAGCUUGGAUCUGGAGAUCAUUGCUGGGAAGAGCGGGUUGUAGAAGACGUCCAAGAAGGAAUUUACAGCAGGAAGUGGAAAUCUUGAUGACCUGUUUUGGACAACAUGAUCUACUUGGGGCGACAAUGCGUAUAGCCUUUUCAGCAUCAAGAUGGCAUGUGUGGACAGAACGAAACAACAGGAUCUUUCGUGGGACCUGUUCGCAUAAAAAGCAAGUGCUAAGACGCAUUGUACAAGACGUAGUAAGCAAAGCAGCUCGAUCCCGAUGGAAGCCGAGAGAUGGAAACCAGCGUGACCUGCUAUUCGAGAAAUGGGGUAUCCAGGCCGAGGUUCCAAUUGAACAAGGAAGAAGCGUGAAGUGGUCUAUUCCGGAGUCAGGUACAUGGAAGGCCAAUGCUGAUGCAGCCUUGAAGGAUGAGAAGGGUGGACUUGGGGCGCUAAUCAGAGAUGAAAAUGGAGCUAUGUGCGUGGGCAAAACAGGUAGAGGUAGCACCCAUCUUUGUUCUUGAACUCAGAGCGAUCAAGGAAAGAGUGGAGAUGGCAUUACAAAAAGGGUGGAGUCGACUAGAGAUCGAGACGGACUCGUUGUUGGCCAAGCAAUGCCUCUUGCAUGAAGUAAAAAGACCAUGGGCAAGCCUCCAUUUUGUGAGAAGCA